UGAAAAAACUACGGAGUACUCCGUAAUUUUAUUUUCUCUUAAUCUGAGCGGACUCAGCUCAUGAUCUAGCUAUGGGAUUAGUUAAGACAUGCUACCUCAACUUAAAAAUUUAAUUUGGUGCUAAACAUCAGCUUCUUUUGGCACAUUAUUUUCCAUUGGCGCGCUUUAUGCAUAAUAGUGUAUGCCGUUGCUUGCCAGUUGCCACCACCGCUCUCCGAGUGGUUACACUGCUACUUCUGAGUUCUGAGGCUUGUCGCGCCAACAGUGUGGUAUUUAAACCUAGAUUAGAUAAACACUCAUAAUCUUACCACAGAAUUCAGAUACACAUACACUUCGUUCCAGAAAUGGCGUUGUUGUUCUUCGCUCUCGAUUUACGAACUCUCUCUCCUCCAUUACUAGCGCAAGUCAAGCAGUGCUUGUUAGAACUGGCGAAUUCGUAUGCUUUAUCUGCUUCGACAUCGAAUUUGAAGCGCCGUAAUUUUGAUUCAUCGCUUGAAGAUCGCAUUGGCCUGUGCUACUUGCAACGUUCUGCUGCUUCUUUCUCUAACGAGCUUAAGAUUGUGUACUCUCCCAGGGGAAGAAGCUUUAAUCUUCGUGAUUUCCAUUACGCUGUCAACCACUUGCCCUCUGAUUCUUAUUCACCACCCUGCUUCGAAGAUUCUGGAUCAUUCCUUUUAAAUAUGGAUAUUUCUUGCAUCCUCAGUGAUGAAGUGUUGAACUCUGCUGAUGAAAAAGAAACGGAGAAGAAAAUAAUACUUAUCAGCUCAUGUCUAGUCGGAAAUCUGGAUUCAAGCGCUAAAAAGACUCUCCUGGAUGCUGCAGACAGAUGCAUAUCCGUGGAAUUUGUCUUCCUUGAGCAAAAGUCAAGCCAACUCAGUGACAUCUCAGAGAAUAUAAACAAAUUUAGAGGACAAAUAUGUGAUCUUGAAAACUGCUCGUUUAAUGCAUAUCUUUCAAAUGAACAAGUACUUAAUGGCCUGGCAAAAAGAUGGCUUAGAGAGUUGAAAGAGAUCACAGAAGAAUUGUUGCAGGCUCAUUUUCUUUUUCAGAGGAGCAUCGCUGGUUCUGUUAACCGAAUUAGUUGUAGAUUGUGCAAUUCAAUAAAUCAGAUAAUGGAUGGGUUCAGUCCUUGUGAGACACAUAGGUGUCAUGAAAUUCGAAGGACUAGAGAUGGCCACGUGUUCAAGGAAAGUCAUCUCAUGGAUAAUGUCAAAACACAUGAUGUCGAUCCUGAUAAUGGUGACAAUAACUCCAUGACUGUUGGCGAAAAUGGCUUACUGGCUGAAGCGUCUUGGCGGUGCUGGAAGAACCUCUGUCAAGUUCCAUCUGUUGUUGACUUCAAUGUAAUUGAGAGGACAAGUUUGGCUUCCCUGAGUGAAGGUGUGGUAGUUGGAAGACCUUACUUUGUCAUUCCAUCAGCUGUUCAGGAAACAGAUACUGCUCCUGAAGACAGCGAUUUGUGCCAAUUGAAUAUUAGGCUUUUCCAGGGGCUUUGUCGUGCACUGCACUCAAUGAAUCAAGGUCUGGUAUGCUGGUCUUUCUGCAACUUAGAGAUAAUGAGAGAAACUGCAUGUAUGUACUAUUACAUUCUUCAACCAUCUGACAGUGGACUGAUGCUGCUCAGGAGGCUUGCAGGAGCUGAGGAAAUUUUACCCCUUCCUGAUGUUGUGAAUAUUGAUGAUUCUUCAACUACUGAAGGGACAGAUUGUUGCAUUCAACAAUGUCUAGUGGAGGUGGAACUUAGAGACUACAAUCCGGUGCAGCAUGGUGGGGGUUUGCAUCAAAAACUCAACCAACUUGUUGAAGAGAGUCUACGACCUGGGUCAGUAGCCCCAGAAAUGUCAACGAGACCCUUAAAUCCAACCUGCCUUGAUGAUGUAGCAGUCUCAGUGCAACCAAGUCCCGUGAGAAACGUCACAGCUCCUCCAGGGAAAAUGGUUCUAGUUCCAUCAGGAAGAGACGUUGCAACUGUGACAGAGAGAAGUUUUGCAUCAUGUGAGGCUGAUGAACAUGACAAGGGUAUCUCUAGUCUUACUCAGGAAUGGGAGCAGCUAAUUGUUGGUGGUAUUCCUAGCAUGGACUCGGAGCCUAAUUUGAAGAAGGCAAGAAUAUCUCCUCCCCCAGCAAGUCAUAGACCACUGGACACAAGGACUUCAACUAUAUUAGAGAGGCUGGGUAAUCCUAAACAGAUAAAGGCCAAGGCUAAUACACAUAAGAUACUCAGCGGAUUGGCGUCAACUGGAAAUGAAACAAUAGAGAACCAUCUUAUUAUAGACAUUGAUGCCACAGAUCGAGGUUUGACUGCCCCAAACAACCUGAUGAAGCCCACUUUUCAAAGACUGAAAAGGAAACUAAGAACUCAAUCCAGUCAGGUUGUUGGAUGUGUAUUUAUAGAAUUUGAUAAAUCUUUGUACCAGUUCGUGAACCUAGUUGUGGACUUAUGGUUGCAUUUUCCUUUUUGCAGGUCAGUAGCCCCAGAAAUGUCAACGAGACCCUUAAAUCCAACCUGCCUUGAUGAUGUAGCAGUCUCAGUGCAACCAAGUCCCGUGAGAAACGUCACAGCUCCUCCAGGGAAAAUGGUUCUAGUUCCAUCAGGAAGAGACGUUGCAACUGUGACAGAGAGAAGUUUUGCAUCAUGUGAGGCUGAUGAACAUGACAAGGGUAUCUCUAGUCUUACUCAGGAAUGGGAGCAGCUAAUUGUUGGUGGUAUUCCUAGCAUGGACUCGGAGCCUAAUUUGAAGAAGGCAAGAAUAUCUCCUCCCCCAGCAAGUCAUAGACCACUGGACACAAGGACUUCAACUAUAUUAGAGAGGCUGGGUAAUCCUAAACAGAUAAAGGCCAAGGCUAAUACACAUAAGAUACUCAGCGGAUUGGCGUCAACUGGAAAUGAAACAAUAGAGAACCAUCUUAUUAUAGACAUUGAUGCCACAGAUCGAGGUUUGACUGCCCCAAACAACCUGAUGAAGCCCACUUUUCAAAGACUGAAAAGGAAACUAAGGUGAGAGUAACCCUAAUUUGGUGGAAUACUGCCGCAGGAUAAACUAUGCAUUAUAUGAUUUCUUGUCUGUUGUACGUAUGGUACUUACCUUUAUUCAUUAAGAGCUGAAUAUGAAACAUAAUCAUUAUGUAUCAAACAUAAAAUAGUUUUCAUACAAUUCGCAAGCCAUAUACACUACUCUGUAAUA